UCAAUCCCAGCUCUGUUACACAUCUUGUUUAUUUACUGCACUCAGCAGCUUGCAAAUGGUUAACUAUAUGCAAAAAAAGUCAGCAUAGCUGUGAAGUAUGCCGUGAAUUUUAAUUGGGGAAUAAAAGGACAACUGCUUCAGGAUGAUCUAGUAUGCACUCUGCUUGAAAUAUUUUCAAUGAAAUGCUCAGCAUUUUGUCUUUGACCAGAGGUUUUAACUUUAUAAAGCGAUGGGACUUGCCAAAAAGUGAUAUUUGAGAAGAAAGUACGUGGUGGUCGGUGUUUUCUUUUUUAAUAAAGAAAUUGAAUUUACUUUGAACAUCUCUUCCAGCUGUGCAUUACAGAUAACAUCAGGAAGUCUUUGCUUUACAGAAUCAGAUCCAUCACAGGACAACAUGAAGCUUUGGAGUCAUCUCUUGUAUUCAUCUCUCCUUGCCUGUAUAUCCUCACAGUCCACAAUCCCAAUGUCCUCUGCCUCAGCCAGAGGUUCUUGUCACUCUCUCUGCAAUUGUGAGGAAAAAGACAGCACGAUGCUAAUAAAUUGUGAAGAGAAAGGUAUCAAGAAGUUAUCCCAAAUAAGCGUGCCACCAUCACGACCUUUCCACUUAAGUUUAUUAAAUAAUAGCUUGACAAUGCUUCACACAAAUGACUUUUCUGGGCUUACCAAUGCUAUCUCAAUACACCUUGGAUUUAACAAUAUUGCAGAUAUUGAGACUGGUGCAUUUAAUGGUCUUGGCCUUCUUAAGCAACUUCAUAUCAAUCAUAAUUCUUUAGAAAUUCUUAAAGAGGAUACCUUCCAUGGACUGGAAAACCUGGAAUUCCUACAAGCAGAUAACAAUUUUAUUACAGUGAUUGAACCAAGUGCCUUUAGCAAGCUCAACAGACUUAAAGUGUUAAUUUUAAAUGACAAUGCUAUUGAGAGUCUUCCUCCAAACAUAUUUCGAUUUGUUCCUUUAACCCAUCUAGAUCUUCGUGGAAAUCAGUUGCAAACAUUGCCUUACGUUGGUUUUUUAGAACACAUUGGCAGAAUAUUGGAUCUCCAGUUGGAGGACAAUAAAUGGGCCUGCAAUUGUGACUUAUUACAGCUAAAACUUUGGUUGGAAAACAUGCCCCCUCAGUCUAUAAUUGGUGAUAUUGUGUGCAACAGCCCUCCAUUUUUCAAAGGAAGCAUACUAAGCCGGCUGAAAAAGGAAUCAAUUUGCCCUACUCCACCAGUGUAUGAAGAACACGAGGAUCCUUCAGGAUCAUUACAUCUGGCAGUAACAUCUUCAGUAAGUGAUAGUCGCAUGUCAACCAAGACCACGUCUCUUUUAAAACCACCCACCAAAGCACCAGGUUUAAUACCUUAUAUUACAAAGCCAUUCACUCAACUUCCAGGACUCUACUGUCCUAUUCCUUGUAACUGCAAAGUACUCUCCCCAUCAGGACUUCUAAUACACUGUCAAGAGCGCAAUAUUGAAAGCUUAUCAGAUCUAAAACCUCCUCCACAAAAUCCUAGAAAGCUUAUUCUUGCAGGGAAUAUUAUUCAUACCUUAAUGAAGUCUGAUCUAGUGGAAUACUUCACUUUGGAAACGCUUCACUUGGGAAACAAUCGUAUUGAGGUUCUCGAAGAAGGAUCGUUUAUGAAUUUAACAAGAUUACAAAAGCUCUAUCUGAAUGGUAACCAUCUGACUAAAUUAAGUGGAGGUAUGUUCCUUGGUCUCCACAAUCUUGAGUACUUAUAUCUUGAAUACAAUGGCGUUAAGGAAAUAUUACCUGGUAGCUUCAACCCAAUGCCUAAACUUAAAGUCCUCUAUUUAAACAACAACCUCUUGCAAGUUUUACCACCACAUAUUUUUUCAGGGGUUCCUCUAAUGAGGGUAAACCUUAAAACAAACCAAUUUACCCAUCUACCUGUAAGUAAUAUCUUGGAUGACCUUGAUUUACUGACCCAGAUUGACCUUGAGGACAACCCCUGGGAUUGUUCCUGUGACCUGGUUGGAUUGCAGCAAUGGAUACAAAAAUUAAGUAAGAACACAGUGACAGAUGAAAUACUCUGCACCUCUCCGGAGCACCUAGACAGAAAGGAAUUGAAAGCACUCAACAGUGAGCUUCUUUGCCCAGGUUUGGUCAAUAACCCACCCCUGCCAACUCAGACUGGUUACGUAAUAGUCAAUACUCCUACAGCCACAACUACAGCGGACACUAUUUUUAAAUCACUUACCAAUGCUGUACCACUAUCUGUUUUAAUACUAGGACUGCUGAUUGUAUUCAUAACUAUCGUGUUCUGUGCUGCAGGGAUAGUGGUUCUUGUUCUCCACCGUAGGAGAAGAUACAAAAAGAAACAAGCUGAUGAACAGAUGAGAGACAACAGUCCUGUGCAUCUCCAGUAUAGCAUGUACGGCCAUAAAACAACUCACCACACUACUGAAAGACCCACAGCAUCACUCUAUGAGCAGCACAUGGUGAGCCCUGUGGUUCAUGUCUAUAGAAGCCCAUCCUUUGGCUCAAAGCAUCUGGAAGAAGAAGAAGAAAGGAAUGAGAAAGAGGGAAGUGAUGCAAAACAUCUCCAAAGAAGUCUCUUAGAACGAGAAAAUCAUUCCCCACUCACAGGAUCAAAUAUGAAGUACAAAGUCACAGACCAAUCCACUGAAUUUUUAUCCUUCCAGGAUGCCAGUUCAUUAUAUAGGAACAUUUUAGAGAAAGAAAGAGAGCUUCAGCAACUGGGAAUCACAGAAUACCUAAGGAAAAACAUUGCUCAACUUCAGCCUGAUAUGGAGGUACAUUAUCCAGGAGCCCAUGAAGAGUUAAAGUUGAUGGAGACAUUAAUGUACUCAAGGCCAAGGAAGGUAUUAGUGGAACAGACUAAAAAUGAGUAUUUUGAGCUGAAAGCUAACUUACAUGCUGAACCUGACUACUUAGAAGUCCUGGAGCAGCAAACAUAGAGAGUUUGAAGGCUUUUGCAGAAAUGCUGUGAUUCUGUCUUAAGUCCAGACCUUGUAAAUAAGUGCCUUAUAUGAGUGUAUCAUCAAUCAGAACUUAAGCACAGCAGUAAUCCUAUGGGAAAAAAGAAGAAAAAGAAACUCAGGGAUCACUGGGAGAAGCCAUUGCAUUGUCUUUAGGCAAUUUUAUCUAUCCCCAAUAAAAUAAAUCCUUGCAUGUAAAUCAUUCAAGGAUUAUAGUAAUAUUUUCCCAUAUACAUAAAAUGUUUCAUAGAAGUCCUCUUGCACAUCU